AUGCAUUCUUCCGUGGAAAAACCCCCUGCGGCUUUCGGGUUGUCGGGCUCGUCUGCGUCGAACGCCCCUUCUGCGUCUUCUUCCAAACUCGGAUAUCUGCAGAAGUACAUGGGCGGGAGUGCCUCCACCCAAGGAGGGGGCGUUUCUGCUGUCGAGGACUCAAAGAAGAAAAAGAAGAGGAGAAAAGCGCCGGGAGCGCCGUCUUCGAGCGGCGGCGGAGUGACCGGGGGCUUCGUUCUGAACGACGCGUUAGACGAGAUUGACGUCCGACCUCCGACUCGAGGCAAGCGCACAGCGACUGCCUCUGACUUUCUUCAGGCGGUGCAGUUUGGGAGAGUUCUCAAGCCGACGUCGGGGGCCCACGGGCGGGCCUACGCGUAUCAAGAUGACGAGGAAGCGGCUUUCGGCUCGGACGGCUCUGAACAGGCCGAUGAAGAAAUCGUUGUGGUUGACGCAGACGGACGCAACGUGUCGCUGAACGAAACUCAGGCAAAGCGCGUCCACGCCAUCGUGCGAGACCAAGAAGCGCGGGAAAUGGGUCUCCCUGCACCAGGCGCGAGAGCCGGAGGCCGGGUCGAAGCCUCUUUGUCCCAGGAGGCGCGUCCGCCACACGCGCGAGACGAGUAUCCUGCGACGCGAGGAGAGUGCCCCCAAGAGCACGCGAAACAAGAGCGCAGCGAGGUCGAUGACGCCUGGAAAAAAACGAUAUCCUGGGGUCCACGUGAAGACAAAGAGUCGCAGGAGGGAGACCGGUACGCGGCCGAACCGACAGAGGCGCACGCGGCGGCGGCCCGAGGUGAAGGAGCCGCCGUUGACUUGUCUGUGUUUAAUGCACCUGUGCCGAGCCGUCACCGUACAAGUGCAGGGGCGAAUCGUAGCCCUCAGACCGCCCUCGCAGACCUCGAAGACUCUCCCCGUCGUCGACCGAGCCGACAGGAUUCGAAAAGUGUGGCUGCAGCUCGAGACACUGAGGAUUUAUCCCCUCCACGAAGGCGCCCCCACCUCGCGGGUCUCGCAGGCCCCAGCAAAGACCCCAGUUCAGCCCAAGCGAGAGAGCAAGCGGAUUUAUCUCCACCGAGACGGCGUCCCGUACACGGGAUGAAAUCCGAGCCCGGCAUGCCAGUGUCUCAGAGCCCUUCGGGGUCAAAGGCGAGCGACAUGGGGGAUUUGUCGCCCCCCCGCCGCAGACCUGCGCAUGCGUCAGCUUCCCACGACCACCCGCCGCGCCCUGUGGCUUCACCGUCGGUGUCGGCAUCCUCUUCUUCGUCUGCAUCCUUCGCCACCGCUAGAGAGGGCCUGCGGCCGCGGUCUCUUGAGAGGCGGACAGAUCGCGACCUCUCUCCGCCGCGACGGCGGGCAGCGGAGAGCAAAUCGAACGAUGAGGAGCGAGGGCGAAGAACUGGAAGGGAGCGAGGGAGGGAGAGGGACGAGGGGGAGAGAGACUCGGGAGAGGCGGGUGCGGACCGCAGAUCGAGAACCGAACCCGAUGAGCGAGACGGGCAAAAGUCAACGGGCCUCUUGACUCUCGAAGAUUACAGGAAGUCUGGCGUCGCCAUCGAGAGAGAGGAAAGCCUCCUCACCAAAGAGCAGCUCGAACGAGAAGCCGUUCGCCAAGUGGUUUACCGUGACAAACAGGGCCGCAUCAUCACAGAAGCAGAGUGGCUAGAGCUCCAGGAGGGACGAGGAAAAAAGCGCAAGAAGGAGCGCAGCCCCGCCCCUGAGCUUGAGUGGGGCAGGGGCCUUGUACAAAAAGAAGCCCGUGAGAAGAAGGCGCAAGAAGAUGCAAAGCUCGCGCAGGAGCCACUGACGAGGUACGAGAUCGACGACGACUUCGACAGAAAUCUUCAAGAUCGAACUCGGUGGGAGGACCCUGUGAACCGGGUGCCUCAGAAAGCUAGCGAGCAUGCAACGCCAUGGAUCGCUCCUGAACAGCCAAAGAAAACAAAACGGCCGAAAUGCCCUCACGAUGCACCUAGGAACCGGUUCGGCAUCUUGCCAGGCUAUCGAUGGGACGGCGUCGUCCGCGGAAACGGCUACGAAGAUCGCCGUCUGAAGGCUAUCAACCGGAAAAAGAUGGAGGCCCAUUUGGCGCACAUGAAUAACGUCGCAGACAUGUAA